AUGGACCACGACUUUGAGAUGCAGCCUCACGGAGCCCCAGGCGCUGGAAGCUCCUUCUCCCGCAGCCACCUACUAGGGCGCCCUGCCCGCCCCUCAAAGCUCCCUGGAGGGGUGUCGCCUCUCAUCCCUGUUCUCAAGAAGACCAUCCAUCUGGAUGCUUUCCCCCAGAGCCACAUUCCACAGGCUUCCGGCCGAGCAGGCCUUGGAGCUAGGGCAUGGAGUGUGCCCCCACAGGACACUGGCAAGAGCCUGGCACCCAGGAAGCUCAGCUCCAUCUCCUUAACAGUCCGCCAGCACAGCCAGGCAUGGCCCUUGGGCCCCUUACCUUCUCACUGGGAACAGGUGUCUACCCCGGGCAGGGAGGCUGCCACCCACAGAGGAGGGAGGCUGCCUUCUCCUGACUCACCAUCUGUGACCCUGGCGCCAGGGGACAGGGUCCACUCCGAGGGCUCAGGUCGCCCAGGUCUGGCCAAGCCCAACAGGAUGCCUGUAGUGGAGAAGCCCCUGGUGAGUUCAUGCCUGACCCUGCCUUUCCAGUCCCGGUUAACCCAGAGUCCACCGGGUCCUGCAGGGCCAGGCUUGGUGGGUCAGAGGCGCCCUGUCCCAGCGACUGCCCAUGUGCCUACCAGAGCUUCUCCAGGAAGAGGCAAGCCCCGGUCCAGGGGUAUUCAGAGACCCCGGCUGCAUCUCCAAAGGGCCAUCCCUGCCACGGGGCCCGCAACCGCCAUGGGUUUGGCGGUUCUGGAUACGACGAGGCCAGGCACAUCCAGACAUUUAUCCACAAUGGCCACCAAUAGGCCUGGCUUGGCUGUCAACUUGGCUACACCAAACACCUCUAGACUGGACACAAGCACUGAGUUCCCUCACCUGGAUAGCAAACUGGGCUCUGCCGUGGGCUUGGCUAAAGCAGGCACAACCGAGCCACGCGCGGUCAUGGAGGUGGUGACCCCAGACCCAGAAAAGGUGGGCAAAGCCAUAGCUACAGCAGGCACAGCCAAGCCAGAUACAACCACAGAGGGUACAGCCAGGGAAGUGGCAGCAGCAGAUCCAGUCAAGCUGGACACAGCCAUGGCGUCGACUAGCGCGAAUAUAGCCAAGCCGGACAUCACUACGGAUUCUCUUGUUUUGGAUACAAGCGGGCUGGGCACAGCCAUGCAUUCGGCUGUGCCAGUCACGCCAGACCCAGUCACUGGGGAGGUCACACUGGACAGUGUCAUUAAGCUGACUAGAUCAGACACUGUCACCUACCCAGCAAUGCCAAGCAGAAGCACAGAUGCAGCCCUGGAUCGUGCUCGGGCAGAUGCUGCCACAGACUGGGUCACAGAGCUCACCAUGCUGGACCUGGCCAGACAAACCAAAGGGCUCCCGGAGACCAGGACGGACGCAGCCAUGUCAGAGCUGGUGCCUGAGCCCAGGCCCAAGCCGGCAGUACCCAUGAAGCCCGUCAGCAUCAACCCCAACCUGCUGGGCUACAUUGGCAUUGACACCAUCAUCGAGCAGAUGCGCAAGAAGACCAUGAAGACUGGUUUCGACUUCAACAUCAUGGUCGUUGGUCAGAGUGGACUGGGCAAGUCAACGCUAGUCAACACCCUCUUCAAAUCCCAAGUGAGCCGCAAGGCCUCCAGCUGGAACCGGGAAGAGAAGAUUCCCAAGACGGUGGAGAUCAAAGCUAUCGGGCACGUGAUAGAGGAAGGCGGUGUCAAAAUGAAGCUGACUGUCAUCGACACGCCAGGCUUUGGAGACCAGAUCAACAAUGAAAACUGCUGGGAGCCCAUCGAGAAAUACAUCAAUGAACAAUAUGAGAAAUUCCUGAAGGAGGAGGUGAACAUAGCCAGGAAGAAACGCAUCCCUGACACUCGUGUCCACUGCUGCCUCUACUUCAUCUCCCCGACAGGACACUCCUUGCGACCUCUCGACCUGGAGUUCAUGAAACACCUCAGCAAAGUUGUGAACAUCGUUCCUGUCAUUGCUAAGGCUGACACCAUGACCCUGGAGGAGAAGUCUGAAUUCAAGCAAAGGGUUCGAAAGGAGCUUGAAGCAAAUGGCAUUGAAUUCUACCCCCAGAAGGAGUUUGAUGAGGAUUUGGAGGACAAGACAGAGAAUGACAAAAUCCGGCAGGAGAGCAUGCCUUUCGCCGUGGUGGGAAGUGACAAGGAGUACCAGGUGAAUGGCAAGCGGGUCCUCGGCAGGAAAACUCCCUGGGGAAUCAUCGAAGUGGAAAACCUCAACCACUGUGAGUUUGCCCUGCUUCGAGACUUUGUCAUCAGGACCCACCUCCAGGACCUCAAGGAAGUGACACACAACAUCCACUAUGAGACCUACAGGGCCAAGCGGCUCAAUGACAAUGGAGGCCUCCCCCCGGGAGAAGGCCUCCUGGGCGCUGUCCUUCCACCUGGGCUAGCCACCCCCUGCCCCACUGCAGAAUGAAAGCCAUUUCGAGCGCCGCCCCUCCCUCCGUAUUCCUCUCAGCUGUUGUUGCUGCAGGGCCACGCCCUUUUCAGUGCUGUGCGUGUCCAGGCAGCACCACGGCCCCGCCCAGCCCGCAGCCGGUGGGAGGGGCCAGCUGCCUCUUUAGGACAGUUGCUUCCUCCAUUCAUCCAAACCACCCCUCUCGUCCCAGUGGAAUGGAGUUCUCGCCAGCACUGCCCUCCUCCGUCGUCUGUGUCAGCUGGUCCUAGCCCAUCUGUAGGGUGAAAGAGCUCACCAAGAGCUCCUGCCCUCGCAAACCCAUACCGGCGGCUUGUAACCGUCUCCAAGGGCAGUGGCACUGCGCCCCAUCCAUUCAUCCACAUGAGCUACUCUUGACUUGCUAAAAGGGUCAAGAAAGCAACUUUUCUGCUUGUCAGAUUUGUUGACGUCAGCUGUGUGAGCCCCAAGGUGGGACGAAGGUGUCUCCUUCAUUGCUCAAAGCUUAUUUAUAAGGAUGGGUCACUACAGAUCUGGGGGAGCAAGGGCUAGGAUCACUUUUUAAAACAUCGCUGCUUGUGGCUGGCCCGGAGGGCAGUCACACACCCUCCCUGCCCCAUAAUGCAGCCACUUAGGGAGCGUGGUUUUCCUGAGACAUUCCUGGAGUUGACUUCCUUAUCCUCAAACUUUAAAUAAGAACUAAAUGCACACACAAAACUCCAGAAAGUCACAGGAUGUGAACUCUAGGAGGAAAAAAGCACCCUUCUGUCCACUUAGCAAUAAGAGGGAAUCUCUUCCCACCCACCCGGACCACUCCACCCCACCCCCUCCCCCACUCCGUUAACGUGAGUA